AUGCAUAAUCCACUCAGCCACAUGAGCACCCUCUUUCUCUUUAUCCUUUUCACUUCACUCAGCGUUGCUUUCGCCAGCGAAGCAGGAGAUAAAAACCCGUUCACACCAAAGGCUUUCGCGAUUCGCUAUUGGGACAAACAGGUCCUCAACAAAUUGCCAAAGCCAUCGUUCCUUCUCUCCAAGGCGUCGCCACUAAGCGCUGUGGACUCGGCGACUUUCGCCAAACUCGCAGCCAACAACACCCUCUCCACGCGGCUGCCGGAAUUCUGCUCCGCCGCGCACCUCCUCUGCUUCCCGGACGUGAGAUCCAGCUUGCAGAAACACACAAAGGAUGCCAACUUCGCAGUGUACAACGACGCCCAGAACUUCACCAACUACGGAACGAGGCGACCCGGCGGAGUCGACUCGUUCAAGAACUACUCCAACGAUUUUAGUAACUCAGUGAACGAUUUCAGGCGAUACAGCCGCAACUCCGCCGGCCACAACGACAGUUUCACAAGCUACGCCAUCGAUAACAACGUGGUGGACCAGAGUUUCAACACCUACGGCACCAACACCGCCGGCGGCUCCGGCGAGUUCAAACAAUACACGAACCAAGGAAAUGUCCCUGACCUCCGAUUCUCCACCUACUCCGAAGGAACCCUAGGGAGGAAGCAAUCGUUCUCAAGCUACAGCGAGGACGGUAACGCAGGGGAACAGAGUUUCACAAGCUACACAAAGAAAGGCAAUGAUGCUGCGAACGAUUUCACAAGCUACGGGACAGACUCCAACGUUGUUCAGUCUGGUUUCACGAACUAUGCCGAGAAAGGGACUUAUCUUAAUGACACGUUCACCAAUUACGGCGUUAACAUGAACAACCCAACCGUUAACUUCAAGAACUACGCAGAAGGAGGCUAUGAAGCCAAAGAGAGCUUCGCUAACUAUAGGGACCAGGCCAAUGUUGGUGCUGACUCAUUCCAAUCCUAUGCUAAGGAGUCGUUUGGGUCAAAUGUCAAUUUCAAAAACUAUGGGAAAUCGUCCAAUGAAGGAACCGACACCUUCAAAGGUUACGCCAAAGGAGCAAGCGCGAAUCAAAAGGUUGGGUUUAAAGGUUACGGCGUUAAUAACACCUUCAAGGAAUACUCCAAACAUGGUGUCUCGUUCGCCAGCUACAAUAACUCCGUCUCCUCCUCAUCCAGUGGCAGUUUGGUAAAAAAGUGGGUUGAACCGGGCAAGUUCUUUCGAGAGAGGAUGCUUAAGCAAGGCACUAUCAUGCCCAUGCCUGAUAUAACAGAUAAAUUGCCCAAAAGGUCGUUUUUGCCCCGAUCCAUUUUGUCAAAAUUGCCCUUCUCGUCUUCGAAAAUCGCGGAGUUGAAGAGCGUGUUCAAGGUCUCGGACAACUCCUCUUUGGACAAAAUGAUAAUGGAUUCGUUGGGUGAGUGCGAGAGGGCACCGAGCCGAGGCGAAAACAAGCGUUGUGUGGGUUCGGUGGAGGACAUGAUUGACUUUGCAACCUCUGUUCUGGGUCGCAAUGUUGCGGUUCGAAGCACCGAGAGUGUAAAUGGGUCGAAGAAGAAUGUGAUGGUGGGUCGGGUUGAGGGGAUAAACGGUGGGAAGGUCACACAAUCUGUAUCGUGCCACCAGAGCUUGUUCCCUUAUUUGUUAUACUACUGCCACUCGGUUCCCAAAGUUCGGGUCUACGAAGCGGAUCUUUUGGACCCGGAAUCAAAGGCAAAGAUUAACCACGGUGUUGCCAUUUGUCACUUGGACACAAGUGCUUGGAGCCCCACCCAUGGUGCAUUCUUGGCUCUUGGAUCGGGUCCGGGUCGGAUUGAAGUGUGCCACUGGAUCUUUGAGAAUGACAUGACCUGGAACAUUGUUGAUUAAGAGGAAAGCUGCGGGUCUGUUCGCUUCUCACUAAUAAAUGGUUUUUUAAUU